AAUGGGAGGUGGGGUGGGCGGGGCCGCGGCGGGCGCAUGCGCAGAGCGGGGGUCGGGCGGGGGAGCGCGGGCUGAGGGAAGCGGCGGCGGCGGCGGCUCCGAGUGGGUUUAACGGUCGCCGCGGGAGCGGUUCGCGGCCGCCAUGAAGUGGGGCACGGCCGUAGGAGCGGCCUCGUAGCACUUUCGGCCCGUUUUGGCGCUGCUUUUACCCUCAGGGCUGUGUGAGAAAUGUCCCAGAGGAAGCGCACCAAAGGGUCCGGUCCCUCCCAGGCAGAGGAUGGGGAUGACGAUUUCAGCCUCAGCCCCACGCUACCGCGCAGCCAAGUGCAGCGGAACCUGGAGAGGCGCUCCCAGGACCAAGUGAAUCAGAAGGUCAGUGAGCUCGUUCAGUUCCUGCUUGUCAAAGACCAGAAGAAGAUCCCCAUCAAGAGGGCGGAUAUCCUGAAGAAAGUCAUCCGGGAAUACAGAGAUGUCUACUCAGAGAUUGUCAACCAGGCAGGCAGGACCCUGCAGCAGGUGUUUGGGCUGCAGUUGAUGGAGAUUGACACCAGGCAGCACAUUUACAUCCUCACCAGCACCAUACCCCGCACCGAGGGGGAGAACCUGCGCCGGGACAACCAGACAGCGAAGCUGGGGCUCCUCAUGGUCAUCCUCAGCUUCAUCUUCAUGAAAGGCAACUCAGUCAAAGACGGUGCUGUGUGGGAAUUUCUCCGCAGGCUACGCAUACAACCAGGGGAGCGCCACGAGGUCUUUGGGGACGUCAAGAAGCUGGUGACAGAGGAGUUUGUGCGGCAGAAGUACCUGGAGAUCACCCCCAUCCCCUUGACGGACCCCCCCGAGUUCAAGUACCAGUGGGGGCCAAGGGCGGCCAAGGAGACCUCCAAGAUGGAUGUGCUGCACUUUGUGGCAAAGAUCCAAGGGAAGGAUCCCGCAUACUGGAUGAGUCAGCACAACGAGGCUAAAGCCACCCUCUGACCCCCCCAAAACCCUGGGGGGGAGGACCCCCCUACAAUAAAGGUGUAGCCUGACAACCUC